AUGGCGGCCACAACUUACAUGUCGGUCCGCAGGUCCUCGACCUCCUCCACGGGUUCGGACGACAGUGAAGCUGCUGUUGCUGCACACACAGGCGCAGCAUCAGCACAAGGAGUAACAGGUGAUAAAGCCAGAAAUACCACAAAUGAUGCCGCCUCCUCGUCUUCGCAGCCAUCUGUAUCUACCACCGCGACACCCAGCCCCUUCAACUAUCUCGCCCUCGCCGAGUCCUCAUUUACGCCUCUAUCUCUCGGCAGCGAUUUUCUAGACGACCGAGACAUUGACAACAGGAAUUGGAACAGUAAGAGUCAAGAUAGCUCCAGCCUCGAUAAGCAGGUCAAACGAGAUUCGCCAACAUCAAUACCACCACCACCACCACCACCAGCAGCGACAACAUCAUCUUCGUUAUCGGCUUCUGGAAAGGAGACUAAUUCCAACAUGGGCGGCGCAUCGCCUGCGACAUUAGCCAUGGAGGGAUCAGCAGAGACUAGGGUAUCGGAGAAGCAACAAAAUGUCUCGGGUGCACGCGACCAAGAUGCACCUACAGCAAAAAUAGAGUCAUCCUCGGCGGAACAUGGCCAGCCGCAGUGGAAUCUCUAUCGGCCGCCCAGCCAGAGCCAGCAAGUGGUGAAGAAUGUGGGCGACACAAAUGCGAAUACUGCAGAGCUGCAGGAAUCAGAAAGGGAAAACGAGGAAGAAGAACAGGACAGACUCUCGCGGAUUAACCCGCGCCAGCGCUAUGCCGGGUCGACGCCGUUGUCCCUUGAUCCGCUGCAGGUGGCCAGGGGCAACAGUGCCGCUACAGAUACCACAGCCGCUACAACCAACACCGCUACCACCCCAGAUAGCGCUGGAGCAUCGCCCAAGUCCCCGGCCACCCAAGCCGAAGCCCAAGCCCAGGCCCAAGUCCAACAAUCACCCUCCCACUCUUCUCCUCCCAUCCAGCCCAUCGCCCCCCUGGCUCUUCGUACAAAAAAUAUCAACGACCUGAAUAGCAGCAAUCACAAAUCUGCCCCGAAUACGAGUUCCAUCACGAGCCCGCUCUCGGCUGCAUCCGCACCUGCUGCUUUUACCCGCCAAAUCUCCACUUCGUCCCUGAGAUCCAACAGCAGCCUCAUCUCCCAGAUUCAAGAAAGUUUGCAUCAGCAGCAGCAGCAACAACAACACCAUAAUCACCACCGUAAUUCUUCCGCUUCCAGUAUCGUUCAUCCUAUUGCGAAACCCAUCGUGCGAACUACUUCCGAUUCUGGUUCUUUCACUCUCAAGCACCCUGUUCCUGAUCUCAACUGCCGAUCAGGUGCCUACGUCGGUAACGUAGCCGUCCUCGAAAAGACAGCAGAGCGCUUGUCUAUGACCAGUUCCAUCGAGGACGCCAUUCGCGAUUUACAUGGAGAACUGAAGCGCUCAGACAGUCGUCGCUCCUCUAUUCUCGCCGCCAGCGUCGCCGCCUCUCAAUCCCCCGUCGAGGAGCCCGUUUCUCAACCCGGCCCCCUUCGCGUUAUCCCUCCCGUCGCCUCCAUCGUCGAACUGAACAACGCCGCCCGCCUCGGCGGCUACUCUCCCAGCGGCUACAUCAUGUCGCCCAACCACUCCCUUACCGGUCGCAUGCGCUCCGGGUCCAAGAACUCGGCCAGCGGCCGUCCCGAGAUCGAUGUCGAUGCGAUCAUGUCGCGCCACGGUCCCGGGAAGGGUUCCGCGAGGAGCGCUCGCUCUGGUAAGCCCUCGUUGGCUGAGAUUGCCGAGUCCGAACCCGUUGCUCUGACCCAGAGCGCCCUCGACGAUGCCGACCGGGCCCCUAUUGCCGACGACGAUGCCACAAUUCGCCGGCCCAAUACACACUACGAACAAGAUGGUGGCACCACCUCGUAUAAUGAUAUGAUUGGCGGCCAGAUGCACCACGACUCGUCAGGCCUGGGCUUGGAUUUCGGCGGCGAGAGCAGCAGGCAACAUUCCGACGACAGACCGGCGACCCCGAGGUCGACCGCGACGUUUGACCACAAGAACGCCUUUGAAGACUUUGACGGUGUGCACUGCCAGCCCGACCAAUACUCGGAGCGCGGUGACUUUGACUACCGCGAGCAGAGUGAGGGCGGCUACAACGAAAUGCCUCCGCCCAAGCCCAAGACCAUGCCGAUGCCUGACAUUGCCGAGCCACAGUUCGAACCAGAGCCCGAGCCGCAACCUCGCGUGCCCCGCAUGUCGAGAGCGAACUUUGUCAGACCGCAGUCGUACUUUGACGAGCUCACCGGUCAGGAGAUGCUGUACUAUCCCGCUCGUGUACCGGCCAUGCUCAACCUGCCCCCCAAGUUGUCUAGGAAGCCCAAGACCGAAGUCCGUAACGCAAGGCAUUCCAAGGUGCUCCAGGCCAUGGGCCAUCCUGGAUUUGGCAAGGCCGAAUACCUACCGCAGAACCCAGAGGCCCCGCCCGUGCGCGAGUCCAAGAUGUGGCUGCCCGAUCCGCUAGCAGGCCACGGAAUGACCACCUUCGGAAGCGACAUGGAAGGGUCCAGGUCUGGAGCCGCAUCCAUCAAGGACGCGGCCACGCCCAUUGACUCGCAGGUGCCGGCCGAGCAGAAGGACAGCCUCUUGGCUGCCGACGAGCCCGAGGAGAUGCCGCAGCCUCCUCCGCCUGUCCAGCAGCGUCGCAAGUCGAAGAUGCCAAGGGGAUCCGAUAUCCCGCCGCAGCUGCGUGCGAGCGCCUUCUUCGACCUGCCGUCUACGACGCCGCAGAUUGAGAUGAAGGACGGCUCGGCCAUGGCGACGCUGGACAGUAUUCUCGAUGCAUCUGCCAACGCCCCCGUCAGCGCGUUUACCGACCAUGCUUUUGCCGGCAAGCUGGGUUCAGAGGUGUAUGGUCCGGACGGGAAGAAAAAACGGAAGUCCGCUGCACCGGGCGCCUUGCUGCCCGAGGAGCACAGGGCUGCCUCGCAGAGGAAAAAGAAAGGCAUCACUCCCUUUGGCAAGAACUCUGCCGAUACAUCUCGAACCAACUCAAUGGCUCAACAGCGCGAGGAAAGCAGGAGUCUGACCGAGAACGUCGACGGCGGACGGAGGAAGUCUGGCGAGCAUUCUGGCGACGAGCGGGACGAGGAAGAAGAGGAGGAGGAGGAAGAGGAGGAAGACGAGUUCGCCCACGUCCUCGACGGACCUCCGACGACACUGCUCGCCGAGCUUCAGUUGCGCAAGUACCAGGCAAAGAUGCGGACGCAAAUGCCCAACAGCGCCAUUCCAGGCGGCAUGCACUCGACGCUGCUCGAGCUCGAUGCUGUUGCCGAGGCGCAGAAGAGGCACCGCGAGCGCAAGAAGAUUGCCCUGGCCUGGGAAGACGCCGGCAACCAGGGAGACGACAGCUCCGAGGACGAAGAGGUGCCUCUGGGUGUGUUGUACGCCAACCAGGGCGCCCUGGCCAACAUGAACCGUCCCAUCGGUCUGAUGGAGCGCCGCGAGAUGGAGGAAAAUGAGCCCUUGAGCUCUCGUCGUGCACGUCUGCAGGGCCAGGAGCCGCCCAGGACUCUGGCCAAGCAGAGGAGCAACCUUACUCUCAAUGCUGGUCUGAGCCAACUUGCUCUUAACCGCAUGCCUUCGUCUGAACGCGUCAUGCCGCGAGAAGAGUCUGACGACGAAGGAGUCGAGGGCGAGACGCUCGGCGAGCGUAUGCGUCGCCUCAGAGCCAAGGAAGAGGCCGAACACAACAACCUGCCCAAGGCCCGCCCCGUUAGCCACGCCUUCUCCGCCGAGAUGCUCACGCAGUUUGGCGACUCGGAGGAGAAGAAGGACGGAGACAAGGGCAAGGAGGCGGAUGUGCCGCCCGAGGAAGAGACUCUCGGCCAGCGCAGAAAGAGACUCCAGGCGGAGCGUGAGGCUCGCGAGCGCGAGAUGAUGAUGGGAGGUGGUCCCAACCCGGCACCGCAGGCCGAGAUACCCGUGAUUCGCAAGCGUCACAGCCUGGCUUCUGUCCUCGGAAACCACCCCAUCAUUGAGAACCCCAACGCGAACGAGCACCGCCGGCUGCAAGAAGAAGAGCGCAAGGUCAAGGCCCAGGAUGCCAAGCUGGCCGCCGUCCGCGCGCAGAUGCCGACCACCCUCGACGCACCCAAUGUGCAACGUACUGGUGGCUACAGGAACGGUCAGUUCAACGACGGCACGGGAGGAGGCCUCAUCGAUACCGUCCGGUCCAGCAACGCCGGAGUUGGCGCCAGCAUGCCAAACCCGGGCAUGCAGAAUCCCAAUUGGAACCGAUCCAGCAUGGCUUUCAGCAGCUACGGUAUGCCUCUUCAGCAGCCUAUGAUGCAGCAGCAGCAGCAGCAGCCCGCGUACGGCGGACUCAUCGGCCAGGCGGGCGUCACCCAGAUGGCCAACAAGCCGACGAUGACCAGCGGGUACGGUAAUUACGCCAACAACGGCUAUGCUGCUGGAGGCAUGGGUAUGGGCAUGGGCAUGGGCGGCAUGAACGGCAUGAAUGGCAUGAAUGGCAUGAACAACAUGAACAUGAACAUGAACCCGUACGGCGGCGGUAUGGGCAUGCCAAUGCAGAUGCAACCGAUGGGAAUGAACAUGGGUAUGCAGCAGGGCAUGACGCCCUUGCAAAUGCAACAGAUGCAGCAGAUGCAAAUGCAGAUGCAGAUGCAGCCUGGCCAGAUGCAGUCUAUCGAGCGGUGGCGACAGAGCGUGAUGCAGUAA